GACCGGCUCCACGCGCUCUUCCUGGACGCGCCCGACGGCGCCGGGGAGCUGCGAGUGGCGCUGGGGCGGGUGGUAGGGCGCAGCUCGGGGCGCGAGGUGGCGCUGCCGGUCGCCGGCGAGGCGCUGCUGGACGGGCAGGACCACGAGUUCGCGCCCGCGCUCUCCACCGAGGCCAGCGGCGCGCUGCAGGCCGCGCUGGACGCGGCGCUGGCGCGGUGGCAGGCGGAGGACGCGGCCCGGCGGCGCUGGGCCGCGGUGGCGGUCGAGGAGCGCACGCGCAGGCACGCGGAGGUCGGCGAGUCCCUGACGGUGUACCAGCCCGAGGGCAGCUGGCACUACCAGGAGGCGUAG